AUGACAGAGGAGAGGUGUCCCAAAGUGGAGCAGUAUGUUGGUGAAAUUAAAGGUGGCCUGAGACCAGCCAUGAAACUCACAGUCAUAGGAAUGGUACACUCCAACCCCAAGAGCUUUUCAGUGACUCUGCUCUGUGAUCCAGUGGAUGCAAACAAAGAUGUUGGGCUGUUAUUUACAGUUAACUUUAGUGACAAAUCCAUCACCCGAAAUGCACGAAUUGGUGGGAAAUGGGGAAGAGAAGAGAAGACUAUUCCCUACUUCCCGUUUACAGCAGGCGACACGUUUAAGAUGGAGAUCUUAUGUGAACACCAGCAAAUACGAGUCUUGCUUGAUGGGCGGCAGCUGUGUGACUUCACUCACCGCAUUCAGCCCCUGAACUUGGUGAAAGCUUUGCAGAUCUCAGGGGACAUCAAGCUUACCAAAGUGGCUUGAAAAAAAGGACACCACAAUAUCACCAGGGGACAGAGGCAAAUGUACUUUCUCCUGUCUGAGAAAUGUUUUAUCUUUUUCCCCUGGCUGAUUCUGGAGAAUGGGAACUGUAUCUUUUUAAAUUACUGAUGUGUUUGAAAUAUACAUUUUUUUUCUCAUACA